GUGUGUGCUGAGAUGCCUGGCGGCCGGUGCUCAGGCAGUGUACGUACUGUGUGAUGGAGAUAUAUAUAUAUAAAUAUAUAUGACACUAUAUGUGCAAUGCCAGUGACAUGCAGUGUAUAUGUACUGUGUGAGUGUGAUGAUGAAUGUGUCCCUGUCGCCUACACGUGGAGGUGUGCCAGUGUCCUUCCGCUGCUGGCGGAGUGAUCUGCAGCGGCGGCAUUACAGGGGGAGGGGGGCUACACCCGGGCUCUGCCCUAUUUCCUUGGCUUCUCCCGGCUGUCGGAGCUCAGAUUAUCUCCGGACGUGACGGAGCCGCUCCAUCCCCGAUACCGGCUACCCUCAUCCCUACCCCGGGCUCCCCGCUCUCAUCAGCACCGGUACCUUUCGGUCGCCCCUCUCGGUGCCACCCCCCACUGAAGAUGUCCGGCUGGCAGGAUUACGUGGAUAUGCUGAUGGCCGAUGGCAGCUGCCAGGAGGCCGCCAUUGUCGGUUACGUGGACGCCAAAUACGUCUGGGCAACGACCCCCGGUGGCUUCUUCCAGACCCUGGCGCCUGCAGAAAUAGAUGUGCUGAUAGGAAAGGACAGAGAAGGAUUCUUCACUAAUGGUCUAACUGUUGGAGGAAAGAAAUGCUCGGUUAUCAGAGACAGCCUGUAUGUUGAUAACGAUUACACAAUGGACAUCAGGACAAAAAGUCAAGGCGGAGAACCAACAUACAACAUUUCUGUAGGCAAAGCUGUCAGAGUCUUGGUCUUUGCGAUGGGAAAGGAAGGAGUCCAUGGAGGAGGCUUGAAUAAGAAGGCAUUCGCAAUGGCAAAAUAUUUGAGAGAUAUGGGGUUCUAAGUGUUAGGCCAACUUACAUUCUACGGGGUACAAGAACAAUUGCUACUAAACUUUCCUGUCUGAACAAAGCAUUCUGUAAACUGGAAAUUUUAUUAGCAAUAACAGGGGUGAUGGGGAUGAACCUGUGUCUCCUUUGUAUCCCUAUUUUGGUGGGGAAAGGUGUUCAUUAUUAUUUUAUUUUAUUUUUUAUUAAUUCCCCUCCUCCCUCUGAAGUUUUGUUGUGUUUUCAAGCAAUUGGUUUAUCAUGCAAUUUGUGUACACAAUAGGACAACCCAACAAGAUGUUCUGACUACUCUCACCCUCUUCAUUGGCACCCUGCCGGCACUUGCUUUGUCUCUUGAUUGCAUUCAUGUCAAUCUACCAGACUGUAGAUGGUGGUUACAAUGUCUUUCAUUUUCCCAUAAUCCUCUCGUUAAUGUGUGAUUAUACAUCUGCGCUGCAGUCCCGUAAUUGAAAUGUCUGCUAUUUUUUUCCGUACGCAUAGACUGGUAACUCCUGUUCUUGUAGGCCACGUGUCUGGCCCAUUGUUGCACACUACAUUUGGGAAUCCUUGAAUAAAAGGUGGGUUUUUAUUUCUAAGGCUCUAAAAACGCAGCUCUAGUAUCGAAUGUAAACUAUGCCGCAAACUGUACCUCAAGUUUAAAAAAACAAAACACUUCAGUCCUUUUUCUGAUAAAUUACCAAGUACCUGCUUGUCGCCGUUUGCUAAAGUAUGGCGGCAUUGUAUUUUGAUCUCCAUUUUGCCAUGAGCUAUCUAGCCUGUUUUAUGCUGUUUUGCUCCCAUCAAGAGGAAUUUGGCAAGUGCUUGUAGUCUUGCAAUAAGUCUGGACCUAGUACAAGAAGUAGAGGCUCAGCAACUUAAAUCUGCAGGACUGCGGCAAGGGCAAGUAAAUAAUGGCUGUGCGCAGAAAUCCCCGAAUCCUAAUGCAGAUUUGUACACCCACUGGACUGAUGCCGUUUGCGUGGUUUGAGCACUUACAGCUCAAUUUAGUCUUCCUUUGCUCAGACGCAGGUGGGAAUAAUAUGUAACACUAUAAAUUAGAGGUCCACGGUCUCACUACUUCUCCUAUUGUUUGGUUUUUUUAAUGCAACUUCUCUAUCUUUGGUGUCUUAAUUAAUAAUCCCUGUAAUUAAUGACUGCGUACGGUGCCACAAGGCUAUUGAUUUGGCAUUGGUCUAUAGUGGAAGGAUGCGCUUGUGUGUUUUCAGUGCAAUAAAAUCGUUCUACCUUCACCUCUCCCCAACACUAGAGUUUAUGCCAAAUAAUUUUUUUUUAAAACCGUUUUUAAGCCAUUUGCUUGCAUUUAUUCCUUUGCCAGGGUUGAGAUGGAAAAUGUAAUUAUAAAAUCUAUUUAAAAAUUUUUAAAUAAUAAUCUUAUACCCAGCAUUGCAGCACAACAAUGGUUUUCACCUACAGUAUCUAGGAGUGAAAAUUAGAAUUGGUACGUUGAACACCAUUUAAUGACGGUCUUUGAUAUAGACCUUUUCACUGUUGUGAACUACAGUAUGACGAAGUGAUUUUGAGGGUAUAUUUAUAACUUCUUUCUCACGGUGGAUCUGUAACUUUAAUCCUUUUGAGUUCAUUAUUCUUAACAUGAUGGGUAACAGCCCAUAUCACAAAUGUUAACUGAUCUACAAUCUGGUCUCUUCUCUAUAAAUAUCCAUGUUCCUGUUCGUUAUGUCGUGAGUUUAGCGCAAAUGACAGUGUUGCCUUUCCUGUCUGCCACAAAUGUUUUAGGUGGCUUUUGGUUGGUCAUAGAGCCUGCUGUACAUACACACACUACAGGACUAUUUCUGUGUAGUUGCAUACAAACUAUAUCGUGCUAUAGUCUCACACAAACUACAAGCCACUUUUGAGCAACAUAAUGCAGAUAACACUGGUGGUAACAUGAAGUCCUUCAUUUUUGAAGGGGCCGUUAACACAGGCUCUUGGUCAGCUGAUAUAUGAUCAGUAGGGAAUAUCGUCAUUAGAUUAACCUAAUAAUAAUGUACACUGUUGUGGUAUAUUUUUGUACAUAGGACCAAUUGCAACUGCAUAUUUCUCAAGCACUUAAAGGCUUGAGGUAUCCUCAGUAGGUCCGUCACCUAGAGAAAGUGGAGGCUUAAAAAAUACUUAGUGUUUCGAUUGGCCAGGAACUGGUGACCUAAACGAGAUGCGAGGCACUAUGCGCCUCAGUGAGGUCACUAGUUUCUGCUGAAUUGAUAGUUUGCUUUAACCUACUAAAUGGCAGCCUUCACUUUGUGUAGAAGACGGGUCAACUUUCGGGAGGUACCACCUUCAGUCUUGUUAAGCUCUUUUUCAUUGACCGUAUUGAGAAUGAUGACAUUGCUGCUGGGUUAUCUCCAUAGUUUUAAGGGGGUUGGUAGUUUGCAAUAGUUCUGCUGACGAACAUUAACACCUAAUUAAAUAAUUGUGGAAACAUUGCUGCAGAAACAGUUCAGUACAUUUCUUUGUAUUAUUUCAAUGUGUAUAACCUGGUUGUCAGUUAAAAGAUACUACUCACUGUUUAUUUUAUUACCAGAAAAAUUAUUUGUACUGAAGAAUAGUAGAAGGAAUUCUUUAGACAGAAACUGGCUGCAUCCGUGAUGGUUUCAUAUGAAAUCUGUGCCAUAUGACAAAGCUGUGAGAUGGUUUUUAACUGACAUAAAGUUCCUUUUCCUCCGGAAUGGCACUUCUGUAAAGACAUUUUAGUAUUUUGCUUCUGUUUAUGUCUUGUGUAUCAUGUAAAAAACAAACUGUAAACAUUCUUGUUAAUUAGUCCAUUUCUUUCCCUGCACUUUUGUUACAUCUGGGAUACGGUCUAACUCAUCUGAUUUUAAUAUGCAUUUAAAAGAAAAUGCCAUAAACUAUUAAAACACCUUGUUUACAGACAGAUGAAAUUAAAUUUAUUCCAACCAAA